AGAAACACGGUCAUUUUUUCAACUCAACAACAACAACACCACACGCACAAUUAUAGUGAGAGAAACCACUUGAAAAAAAUCUUACUACUACAUCAAGACGAUACAGUUUUAAACGGAGCCAUUACUUCAACUCAUUCUCUUCACUUUCUCUCUCUCUCUCUCUCAUCACUUCUGCAUCUAGAUUCAUACUCUACUCAUAUUCCACAUUCCACAAACCCUAACCACAAUAACCGCUUCAAUUCACACCUAAUUCAUGCGAGAUUGAGUUCAGAUCCGACUGAUGGAGGAGGUUUCCGGCGCCGGCGAGGUGGCCAGAAUGACCGACUCGACGGAGACGUUUUAUAACGGCAGCAAUGUACGGUCUCCGGCCGGUGAAACCACGCCGUUGACGGUUUCCGGUGGAGGAGGUAGGGGAUCCGGUGCUACGAGUCGUAGGAGAGCUACGGUGAGGCCGAGUUUAGACGCUGAUGAUCUUAUAAACAUGCUUCAUGGAUCGGAUCCGGUGAAGCUUGAGCUUAAUCGAUUGGAGAAUGAAGUUAGAGAUAAGGAUCGAGAAUUGAGUGAAGCACAGGCUGAGAUCAAAGCGCUACGGCUAUCUGAACGAUUGAGAGAAAAAGCUGUUGAGGAGCUAACUGAAGAGUUAUCAAAAGUGGACGAAAAGUUAAAGUUGACCGAAUCUCUUCUCGAAAGCAAGAAUCUUGAAAUCAAGAAAAUCAACGAUGAGAAGAAAGCAUCAAUGGCAGCUCAGUUUGCAGCAGAAGCUACUCUAAGAAGGGUUCAUGCAGCUCAGAAAGACGACGAUAUGCCUCCAAUAGAAGCCAUACUUGCGCCUUUAGAAGCUGAGCUCAAGCUGGCAAGACAAGAGAUUGCAAAGCUGCAGGAUGACAACAAAGCACUAGACCGUUUGACCAAGUCAAAAGAGGCGGCAUUACUUGAAGCUGAGAGAACUGUGCAGGUUGCAUUAGCCAAGGCUUCUAUGGUGGAUGAUCUUCAGAACAAGAAUCAGGAGUUAAUGAAGCAGAUAGAAAUUUGCCAGGAGGAAAAUAGAAUUUUGGAUCGAAUGCAUCGUCAAAAAGUUGCUGAGGUGGAAAAACUUACCCAAACUGUUCGCGAACUUGAAGAGGCUGUCCUUGCUGGCGGCGCAGCUGCAAAUGCUGUGAGGGACUAUCAACGGAAAGUUCAAGAAAUGAAUGAAGAAAGAAAGACGCUAGACAGAGAGCUAGCUCGUGCAAAAGUUACAGCCAAUAGAGUGGCAACAGUCGUAGCUAAUGAAUGGAAAGAUUCUAAUGAUAAGGUGAUGCCAGUUAAGCAAUGGCUCGAAGAAAGAAGGUUCUUGCAGGGUGAGAUGCAACAACUGCGUGACAAAUUAGCUAUAACCGAACGUGCUGCAAAAUCUGAAGCACAAUUGAAAGAAAAAUAUCAGCUACGACUCAAGGUGCUAGAAGAUACGUUGAGAUCACCAAACACUGUUUGUUCUUCACGCCGCCAAUCAAUAGGUGGAGCAUCAAAUGGAUUUUUACCGAAAAGAUCGCCAUCUUUUCAGAUAAGAUCGACACUUCCAUCUGGUUCAAGUUCAAUUUUGAGGCAUGCUAAAGGUACAUCAAAGUCAUUUGAUGGUGGGACCCGAUCGUUAGACAGGGGUAGUAAACUUCUCUCCAGUGGCGGUAAUAGUCCUACUUUUAAUACUGAGCAACCUUGUGAUGGAAGUAAGGAUAGCGAGGCCCGUGAUGGUUCAUGGGAAGAUAAGCCAGAUGAAAAACCCGAAACAGAGGAUACGGUCCCGGGCUUGUUGUAUGAUUUGCUGCAAAAAGAAGUUAUCGGUUUGAGGAAAUCUUGUCAUGAAAAGGAUCAGAGCCUUAAAGAUAAGGAUGAUGCCAUUGAGAUGUUAUCAAAGAAAGUAGAUACUUUAACGAAGGCAAUGGAGGUGGAGUCGAAAAAGAUGAGAAGGGAAGUAACAACUUUGGAGAAAGAGAUAGCAGCUAUGCGUAUUGAUAAGGAACAGGACAAUCGUGCCAAACGGGCUGGGAACUCAAAGGGAAAGUGAACACGUCUCGGCUACUUCCAGCCAGGAAUAACAAGGAAAGGAGUAUGAUAAAAGAUUAUUACGGUUGUUUUUAGUUUGAUUAUAUAAUGGUGUAACUAGCAUGCCCAUGGGUAGAUGGGUGGGUAUGCUUUUCUGACUAUUUGUGUAGAAGAAAUCAGCAGGUGGGUGUGAAGCUGAGCUAACCUUUUUUCUUUUAUUUUUUUCAUUAUUUUUUUUUUGUGAGAGUUGAUUUGAGGAUGUGCAUAGUGUGAUUUUGUCAUGAAAAACAAAGCUUUCUCGUUAUUUAGUAUCGAUUUGCUUGAAUUAGGAGCAAUGUUGGUUUCCAAAA